CGCACCGGGCUCGGCCCCUUCUCGCCGCCACCAGCCCGGCUUGGCUGCGGCACCAGCAGGCCAGAGCAUUUCCGCGGCACGCCGACGGUGCGCGGGGCUGACGGCGCAGCGCUCUCCCGAUGCGGUGGCCGGCGGCACGGUACCGGUACCGGUGCGGUGGCGCCGUCCCCGUCCUCUUUGUGCGGGAUGCGGGAAGCGCCGAGCCUCCAUCACUGCCAAUCAAACUUGUUUUUCUCUCUCCGCCUGCACUGCCCGCGCCGCGCACCGGGGGCGCUGUCGCCGCCCGCACAAUGGAGCCCCAGUUACCGAUCGCCGGUACCAGCCCCGGCAUCGCCGUGGGGACCCCGGCUGCGGGCAAUAGCAGUUCCUCCGUCCCCUCGAAAACGGGGUCGGACGGACGGGUAGAAGGUGCCCGCCGCGGCCGCGUCCCCAGCAUCACCGGCCAAGCCACCGGUACCAGCGGAGCCGCGGUCUCUCCUCACGGGCGGAUGAAGCCCCGGGGCGGGGGGUUUCACACCGCGGGGUCUUGCCCUGCUGGGCGCGGUGGAGGCGGGGUCCCCCGGCCCUUCUCUCGCGGCGCUGCCCGGGCUUGUUCCCGGUCGCAGGGCGCAGGACCGGCUGGGCUCCUCCAUCCUCUUGCCUGCUUUACAUGCAAACUGCUGCUCGGCGAUUGGCUGGCUGGGCAGCGCUGGGGCAUCGUUCCCCCGGCAGUGCCUGCCCGGGCAGGGAGGGGGUAGUGAAGAUGUCCGGCAGUGACCCCGAGCGUCCUCAGUUCCUAUUCGUGAAGGUGCUGGCGAGCCGGGGGCGGCUGGAGGCGGUGACCCAGCAGAUGGGCUACCACCCACAGUACCUCGACAGCUUCCUCAAGAUGCAGCACUACCUGCUGCACAUGGACGGCCCGCUGCCCUUUGACUGCCGGCACUACAUUGCCAUCAUGGCAGCUGCCCGGCACCAGUGCCGGUACCUGGUGAACCUGCAUGUGCUGCAGUUCCUGCGGGCAGGGGGUGAUCCCCAGUGGCUGCGCGGCCUCGACUUCAUCCCCCCAAAACUCCGCAACCUCAACGAGAUCAACAAGAUCCUGGCGCACCGGCCAUGGCUCAUCACCAAGAAGCACAUUGAGAAGCUGCUGAAAAUCAGUGAGUGGAGCUGGUCACUGGCAGAGCUGGUACAUGCCGUUGUCCUCCUGGCACACUGCCACGCACUCGCCAGCUUUGUCUUCGGCUGUGGCUGCGAGCAGGACGAGGGGCCAGGAGGCCGAGGCUCCCUGAAGCCCUUGUCACCCGGGAACCAGUGCUUCUGCGAAGCCACUGCCGGCAACGGCUGCAGCCAGGAGCUGCUGCGCAUCAACCGCAAGCGGUCCCUGGACUCCUGCAUGGAGCUGGAUUCCCUCCGGGAACGCAUGCAGCGGAUCCACGUGGAGACUGAGGGCAGGGAGGAAACAAGGCUGCUGCAGCAGGACCGAGAGGAAGAUACCGACGGGGAAGUCACCAAUGCCACCAAUCUUUCAUGCUACAUGCAGGACCCCGACUUUGGAUACCAGGACUUUGCCCGGCGCGAUGAGGAUCAGACGCAGGUAUUCAGAGUCCAGGAUUACUCCUGGGAAGACCAUGGCUUCUCGCUGGUCAACCGGCUCUACUCUGACAUCGGUCAUCUCCUGGAUGAGAAGUUUCGGAUGGUGGAUGGUCUGCAAAGCAGUGCCAUGGCCAAGCGCCAGGGCUGUGAACCCUCUGUCUUCAAGCGGGGCAUCUGGAACUACAUCCACUGCAUGUUUGGCAUUAGGUACGAUGACUACGACUACGCAGAGGUGAAUCAGCUCCUGGAGCGAAUGCUCAAGGUUUACAUUAAAACCGUAACCUGCUACCCAGAGAAGACAAACCCAGAAAUGUUUGACAGGUUCUGGAAGCAGUUCAAGCACAGUGAAAAGGUCCAUGUGAACUUGCUGAUCCUGGAAGCCCGAAUGCAGGCAGAGCUGCUGUACGCGUUGCAGGCCAUCACCCAGUACAUGAUCUCCUAGGAGGUGGGGAGCUGCGCUGCGGCAGGGCCGGGCAGCAUCCUCUAUCCCUGGACUCAUGCAUGUCCCGUCAUGCUGGGACGGACGGCGAGGGAUCACUUGAUUUAGUUUACUUGACUGUCUUGUUCCUUUUUUUUCCCCCCCUUUGUGGGGCUCACUGAGUGGCCCCGUUACGUGCAAUUACCAAACUGUGAGGCAAGUCCAUGCUGCUGAGAUGUCAGUGUGAUGCUGGAGACUUGAACCUGUCCAAGGAGGACUGCCACAGGCAGGGGAGAGGGAGGCGGGAGGGGACUGGGGGCACUUUAGUGGGAUGUUCCUUGCCUGGGUGCUGUAGGAGCCUCAGCUGCUGCAGGGAGGGCAGAGGGGAGAGCUGGCUUCCUUCCCUGCGCUGCAGUGGCUGCCCUGCUUGCAGGCCACCCUCGGGCCCCUGGCCUUGUUGGGGUGAUGCAUCUCGUUUGGGAACAGCUCAUGGGUGCGCUGCAGUGUCUUGGUUGUGUGGUCAGGCAGGGAGGAGCACUGGCUCCAAGCGAGGGCCCUUCUCCAGCUGGGGACAGGAAGGGGAUGCACUUGCUGCUUACAUGUCCUGCCCUUUAGGUCUAUGUGCCAAACCCCUCUGGGAUGGACAAGAGAUGACCCAGGAGAACUUCAAACUGUGAAGCUCUUGCUGGCAAGGUGCCCUAGUGUUCUGCCUUCUCUGACGGGGUGACAAGGUGUCUGACAGUGUUCAGGCUCUGGAGGUUUCUGCAGAGGACUUUGGGCAGUCCUCAGGGAGUUUGUCCCAAAGCCCCUCCUGCCUCCCUUCAGCAGAGGGGCAGGAGGAACAAGGGAGGCUUCCUGAGUUCACAUGGCUUGUAUCUUCUUGCCACGAUGAGAGGGCUGAGGUCCUGUGCCCACUCACUGCUCAACAGCAUGGUGGAGGAGCCCGCAGCUGGCACCAGUGAGCUAUGGGAAGCUUCUCCUUGAACCUGGACUGGGGUCUUCCCUGGGCUGUCCCCAUUUGAACAGAGACAGCCUGUGCACCAGCCCUGCCCGCUGCCUGGCAGGCAGGAGCUCCCCAGUGUCCCAGGACUGCUCCCUGCCUGCGCCUCGGCCCCUGACUGGAGAAGUACAAGGGACCUGGAGAGAACGAGGCCACCCGUGAUACGUGGGAGCCUGAAGCAAGGGCAGAUGUCGAGUCAGCCCAGCACACGCUGCUUCAGUCGACCUGUUUACUGCGUAAAUGUACGGGGAGAAAACCUUGUGUAUGGAAGCUACAGAAAAAGCCUAUUUUUGCUAUAAAUAUAUUAUGUUUGACACGGA